AUAUUUGUAUUUAUUUAGAUGCAACAAUAAAAGAUAUAACUAGAAAAUACAAGUAUCUUUGCCUUAAAUGAUAUCCUGACAAACACAAUAAUAGUAAAGCAGUUAUCAAUCAAUAAAUUAAAAAAAGAAAUCAACACUUCAUAUCAAAAGCUUUAAAGCAAAACUUUGUAAUAAAGACAAAAAGUGAAAAAGUAAAAUACUGACAUAGGAAAAUAUGCUGUCAUUAUUUCAGCAAGUUUUUUUUGGAGAAGAAAAUGAUUCAAAUGAUGAAACUGAUGAUUGGGAUGAUAAUGAUUCUGGUAAUGAAAGUGAUGCAACUGAUUUAAGUUAUAAAACUAGAAAUGUUUUUCCAGUUCUUACUGUUGAGGAAGCCAAACAGAAUGCAGAUGCUUUAAUUGCUGAAGAAGAAAGAGAAAAGAAGAGAGCAGAAAAAAGAAGAGCUAAGAAAAAAAAAAGAAAAGAGAAAAAGAAAUUACAAAAAGAAAGAAAUGGGGAAAUUAAUAUUACCGAAGAUGCAAAAUGUGAAGAAGAAAAAAGUGUACCAAAUAGUAGUUGUUCUGAUACUGAAGGAGAGAGUAUAGAUCCAAACAGUGCUUUUGUUGCAGUUGCAGCCAAUAAGAGUAAAAAAUUAGCGACUGCAACACAUUUACAGAAAAAGAACUGUAAACAGAACAUUUUUCCUUCACCAUUAAAGCAAGAUAGAUAUAGUUUUUUAAAUUCUGAAACUUGUAAAAAGGGCAAAGAAAAUAAAAAUAAAAAUAAUAAUAAUCAGUCUGCUUGUAAAGGAUUCAAAAAUGGUAUUGAUCCUAAUAGUGCUUUUGUGGCUGUUGCUGCUAGUAAAAGUAAGAGAAAUAUCUCAAUGCAAAAACUUGUAAAUGAAGAUAAUUUUUGUAAUAAUAUAAGGCAAAAUAAUGAUGUACAGAAUUGUAGAGAAAUUGAAACAAGAGUAUUAAGAAGCCGACAAGUUGCAAUUCGUGGUAAUGAAAUGGCUGGAGUCGGUCAUUAUCAAGAAGCUGUUAAACUUUUCACAGAGGCCAUUAAGUUAAAUCCAAAUGAUUACAGGUUUUUUGGCAAUCGUUCCUACUGUUAUGAUAGAUUAGGUUUAUAUGAGAGAGCAUUAAAAGACUCAGAAAAAGCUAUUAGUUUAGCUCCUAAUUGGGCCAAAGGUUAUUUUAGAAAAGGAAGAGCAUUGUGUGGCUUAAAAAAAUAUUCAGAAUCUGAAGAAGCAUUUGAUGUUGUAUUAAAAUUAGAUAAAAAUUGUACAGAUGCGGAACAAGAACUAUAUAAAGUUCGUACUCUUCAGUUAAUGGAAAUGGGAUUUUCAAAGCAGCAAGCAGAAACAACAAUUAAUCAUUACGGUAAUGUACAGAUGGCUCUAGAAGCUUUGUUAUCGAGGUCGGAAAUAGAUUCUCAAGCGGUGGGAGGAGGGCCCGAAGUUUACUUUUCGGACAAUGAUUCCUCCAGAAUGCCUUCUAUUCAAGAUGACAAAAUGGAGUGAGUUUAUUUAAUGAAUGUUUGUGUUGUAAAUAAUUAUU